AUGUCUACCUCUCGCACUGUCCCGCCACCCUCGAGCCAGGAAAUCGCGCGCAAGCUCUCCAUAGUCAGGUCGCCGCCAAAGACCGCCAUCGUGCCCAUCCCCGUAUCGGGCACCGAGUCUGACUCGGACUCCGCGUUCGGCUCAGACCCCGCCAACGCCCCCAUGUCCACGUCCCUACUCAGCAGCUCCUCGCAGCACCCGCCGCUCUCGUCCAUCGCGGAGCGGCACUCUGCCAGCGGCGAGGAGUCGGAGGAGGACGACGACGAUGACGAGGGCUACGGCGAGGGCGAGGGCCACAGGGACGCUGCGGGCGCGCACACGCGCGCCUCCCUCGACGAAACCGUGAUCAAGACCGGGUACCUGUGGAAGAAGGGCGAGCGGCGAAAGACGUGGAAGAAGCGGUGGUUCGUCCUGCGCUCUGCCCACCUCGCGUUCUACAAGACCGAGGCGGAGUACAAGCUCCUCCGUCUGCUCGAUCUCUCCGACAUACACUCGUGCACGCCUGUUGUGCUCAAAAAGCAUGCGAACACGAUCGGCCUGGUCUCUCCCACACGUACGUUCUACCUCCAGGCCGAAAGCCCCAGGAACGUGCAGGAGUGGGUGAGGGCGAUCAACGAUGCCCGCACGUCUCUGCUCUCCACCUCGACGCAGUCAUCCGCCACGGCUCCGGUGCCCAUCCCUAGCUCGACAUCCGGUCCGCGCACACAGGUUGCUGCGUCACAGCUAUCACGUUCGCUCUCCCAGUCUGCAUAUACCACCCAUCAGCUGACCUCGUCCGAAUCCGACGACAAUUCGCCAAGCAAUAUCGGCACCGCCUCUGCCCCACCGCAGCCGCUAUCGGUGCAGAGCGAGCUCUUAUCCUCGCCAUCCAAGUACCCAGGGGGGGUCAAGGACCCAUCAAAAGUCGUGCUUGCAGGGUACCUGAUGAAAUGCGCGUCGCGCAGGCACAACUGGCACAAACGGUGGUUCAUUCUCAGCGGCGAGCAGCUCGUCUACUCGCGCAGCCACAUGGACACGAAGCCGCACCGGCAGAUACCUCUUGGACAGAUCCUGGACGCACUCGAAUACGACCUGCCUCACGACCGGCACACGCCCAGCGUGGGCGUGGGGUCGCCGGGGGUGGCGUCGCCACCGCAGGCAGCGAUGCACGGGGACGAGGGCGAGCGUGCGCACGCACACACGUUCAAGGUGGUGACGACGAAGCGGACGUUGCUGCUGUGUGCUCCGAGCGAAGAGGAGGAGAUCAAGUGGCUGAGUGCGGUGCGCGCGCUUAUUGCACGGCGGUCUGGGGCUGGGGUCGUGCCCGGGGACUCGGUGGUGGCGUCCGCGUCGUCGGGGAAGGUGCUGGCGUCUAGCAUGCAUCCUCCGAUCGGGGAACACGGACAUGGCGGGGUGGGCGUAGGCGCGGGCGGGGGGGCAGGAGGAGGGAGGCGGAAGGACUCGAUUGCUCGGCGGCUGAGCGUGAGUGGGGGAACGGCGAAUGUUCCAGCGGAAGCGGCAUCGGAAAGGUAA